ACAUUCCCUGGAACCUGGUGCUACUACUGAUAAGUUGAUUCAAUUGGGUGGUAAUUACAGCGGCGGUGCAAUCGGUCCUUUGUUACUUGACAUAAUGUCAUCAAUUGGAUAUGCAACGGUCGAUAAUCCAAAAGCUCCAAAUAAUCCAAAACCUCCAAGCACAAAUCCGAAUACACCAAAUAAUAAUCCUACUAAAUUUAUUUUUGUAAUUUAUUGA